AAGAUCGACAGCAAGCGCACGUGCUGCACGUAAACAUUCACCAUCGGCACUCAUUUCAUGUCACCUGGAAAUUUACCAUGCCAAAAUCCUUUUUAUUGACAAAUCGGAGGUUUCUAAUUGAAAAGAAGAAAAUCAAAGAAUUAUCUGCAGAGAAUAGUAACAGAAAUGCAGAAAUUAGGAAUGACGAAAGUCCUUUCGAAGCUGGAGAGAUGCAUCAAAGCUGGGAAAACAAUCCAGCGCAAUCUAAUCUACAGCACAAUUUAGAAUUUGUGGACUAUCGUCAGAUAUUUUACAUCGAACACGACAAUAAAACACUCCCGAACAGAGACAAUUCGAACGAACAGGACACCGAUAAUGACUCCCCGAAAGAUUUGUCAACAAAAAGAAGAAUGUCACCACUUACAUCAAUACGAUCACCUGAUGUCGAUCUCUCGAGACACAACGAGAGCAACAUUGUCUCUCACAAAAUUUCGAACGCUCAUACUCCACCUUUCAUCACGGGACCGCGCUCAUCGUAUUCGUAUUUUCAUUUCCCGGAUGACACUGGUGGAUGUAGAGACUACUCAACUGAAGCAGUACCCGAAUUGAAGCGCGCAACACAAACCCCAUCCCUGGUACCAGACCACAGGACGGAAGUAGAAAUGUCGCCGUAUAACCGGUACUCAGACUUCAGUGCAGAAUUACGACCCGAAUUUUCGCCCAUCAAUCGCUGUCAUGCUGAAUGCUCCGAUCAUUUUUCGCUUUUGUAUGAGCUAAUAAGAAACACAAAUGGUCUGUUGGAGCAUAGGGAACAAAUGGACACUCCAAUAAAUGCAAAAAGAGUACUUAAUUUCGACAAACCGACUUAUUCGCCUAUCAUCGAGCCAAUAUCACCAAGACCAACACCUGCAACAGAGCAUGAUGAGUAUAACAAUUACCCUUGCGAGGAAUGUGGCAAGCAUUACAGCACCUCGAGUAACUUAGCCCGUCACAGACAAACACACAGAUCGGCAAGCGACAAGAAAGCUCGAAAAUGUCCACACUGCGAAAAGGUGUACGUAUCAAUGCCGGCCUUUAGCAUGCAUGUCCGAACUCACAGUCAGGGGUGCGAGUGUCCGUACUGUGGAAAAAGAUUCAGCAGGCCCUGGCUUCUUCAGGGUCAUAUAAGAACACAUACUGGCGAAAAGCCCUUUGAUUGUCCCAAGUGUGGAAAAUGUUUUGCCGACAAAUCAAACCUCAGGGCGCAUGUGCAGACUCAUUCAACAGAAAAACCGUACGUUUGUGGAAGGUGUGGCAAGGCAUUUGCUUUGAAGAGCUACCUGUACAAGCAUGAAGAGUCUUCUUGCAUGCGCGGGCAACGAAGUCGCUCUAAAGAAGAGAGGUUAUCGGAGGUGCGCGCGCACAAACACCGAAACAGACAAAAUUCUAAUCAAGACUCAUCACCAAGUACCCAAGAAAGCUUGGCAUAGUCAAACAUGGCAUGGUAAAUUUUCCAAUCAUCACGACCAAGUUCAUUGUUUGUAUCUCAAUACUUUUGUCACAACACACUUUUCAUUUUUCUAUGCAUUUCAAAUCUAGACUGGACCAUUCCAAAAUACGUGUCGUACAAAUUGUAUGUAUCGUAUUUUUGCUUUUACAUAAUCUAUCAAAAUGGAUCUUUUUUAAGACAAGCAGCAUUCCACGGCAAAAAGAAAUAUUGCCAGAUUUCCGUUGUCAGUUCGCACAUUCAUUUACUUCAUCUAAAUAUAAACAGAACGGAAUUUUGAUAAGUAAUCAAUUAAGUGUAGAUUUUUGUAAUUUAUACACGAUGAUUGGAUUGAAUAAUAUUUUAAAUGAAAUAAUCUCGAAAAUAGUCAGAGAACUAUUUAAAGUAACAACAUACUACUCUAAUUCACGAAAUGAAAAAUCCAGGGUAUGAAGUUACAAAAAAGGUAGUAAUGAAAGAUAAAUUUAGUCAAAAUAUUUAUAAAGAUUAACGGUUAGUUUAUAAAUGGUACCGAUAGAAUACUAAAAAACACAAAUAUAAUAUUCAAACUUUCAUUGGUCUUUACUUGGUCGUCAUUGAUAUUAUACCGAAAACGUCAUUAUGUCGCCUCAUAUGGUUUUCAUUAAGUCGUUCCUCAUGACACUUUCGUUUGUAGUUGUUGUCCGUCCGAAACUGACGAUAAAGCUAUCUUUCUGUGUCUGUUAGAAGGGCUGUCUUUGUUGUCAAGCUAAUCAGAGACCCCUUUAAGCAUGAUGGGAAACAGACUCAAAAAUUGUGGAAUAUGCCUAUCGUGAUGUAAGAACAUCCAAAUGACUUGAAAUAAAAGACUGAUGAAUUUUCUCAAUUAGUCAUAAUUAUGAGCACAUAUAAUGACGUAUUUAUAUGUUUUAUAAACAGCAUUAAAAAUAGUUAUCUUUUUAUAUCUUUUGCAAUUUGCUCAAAUGCGAAAAGGAAUCGAAGUCUAAAACCCUAUAUUUGUCUUCGUGAUUAGCAUGAAAUAAAAAAAAAGUUUGAUGAGCAACUUAUGCACCUUCAAUGAAAUGAGUAAAUAAAUAGAUAAAUAAUAAAAAUAAAUAGAUAAUAGAUAAAAAAAAAAGAUCUUAAAACAGAUUUUUAAAAGGGCUGAUUUCUGUGGACACGAAUUUGUAAGCGUUUUUUUUUUUUUUUUUUUUUUUUUUUUUUUUUUUUUUUUUACAUUUCUUACUAGUGCUAAUCACAAGAAUGUGUCUUGUUUUAUGUAAUGAAAGAUCAGAAAUCUUAAAAGUUUCCAGAAAUUACUGGUUCAGAUUUGAAAUAAUUGUUUGAAUAAACCAAAUCGCAUAUCAAUCAUAAGACCUUCUACAUGUAAAUCAAGAUGAUAUGGACAACUUUUGUGAUUCCAUAUUUAAACAUCUAAGUGCUUAAAAAGAUGUAAAAAAAUGAUUUGGUAAUUUUCAUUGUAUAUAAUACGGAUUUGUUUGAGAGCGUGCGAUUUUUUUCAACCCAAAGUGCUUUUUAAGUGAGUUUACUUAUGUGUGAUAAUUUAUUUUUAUUUAUUCUGUCUGGAGUGUUGUGUGUUGCAUAUUUAUUUUGAAAUAAUUUUAUUUAUUUUCCAUGUUCGCCAUUUAUUUAUAGUUCUGUACAUUACACAUUACGCCAUUUCUCAGUUUCAAAACAUUUAUAUAUUUUACAUUCUGAGUAUUUGAUGCAGAUUAUUUUGUUGAUGAGUAUCUCAUGAAGUCAACUCUGUAAUGUUUUUUUUUCUUCUGUUCAGUAUAUACUUGUUCAGUGGGUAAUGGACGACCAAUAAAAUCUAUCCAUGCAGACAGAUCUGUUGCUGGAAAGUUAAAGACGUCGUGUAAUUUUACAUUAAAAAAUGUUUGGAAUUUUUCUUCUAUUUUUAUAUAUUUUAUUGACAUUUUUUUUAUCCUUUUGUUUGGUGCGCUUGGCCUUUGCCUAUUUGACAACUCUUUUUGAAGGCAUCGACAUUUUGUAUUGAAAGCAAACAUGUUUUGUUUUGUAGUUUACUUCUUCAUAUUAUUAAACCUAACAUCGUGAAAAGUUGUAAAAGAUAUAUAUUUUUUCAAAUAUUUGAUGGUAGCUUUUAAUUUUUAUAUGUUCAUUUUUUUUUUUAACAAGUUAUUAACAAAAUUUGUGAAUAUUGUCGAAGCAAUGACUCUAUGUAUGUUUCUCGAAAUUUCCCAAGAAUAAAAUCUGGCACUUUU